AAUUAUUCCUCAGACGCACAACGUUCCUCAUAGCCCACGCUCACACUUCUCUAAGGAAUGAGGUGAAUUGAGCCUUUCUCAAGUUUUCAUAUAUAUUCAGCUAAGGGAUGGGUGGCCAUAUUGUAACUUCAAAUGAAGUUGAGAACUUAGAAGCAAACAACAUUAAACAAUAUGAAUCAGAGCAGAAAUUGGAGAAAUCUCCAUCGACUUACAAGGUCGGAUGCCCCCCAAGAAAAAAGUUUCUUAAAGAAUUCGCCGAUGGAUUGAAGGAAACCUUCUUCGCCGACGAUCCCUUGAAGCCUUACAAGGACCAACCUGGAUCAAGGAAGUUCUUGCUUGGCUUGCAGUUUUUGUUUCCAAUCUUUGAAUGGGGAAGAGAUUAUAAUUUGAUUAAGUUUAAAGGAGAUAUUAUUGCAGGAUUAACCAUUGCUAGCCUCUGCAUACCUCAAGACAUUGGGUAUGCAAAGCUUGCAAAUCUGGAACCACAAAAUGGUCUUUAUUCUAGCUUUGUUCCACCUCUAGUUUACGCGCUCAUGGGAAGUUCAAGAGACAUUGCUAUAGGGCCUGUAGCAGUAGUUUCUCUUUUGUUGGGGUCUCUUCUGCAAGAUGAACUUGAUCCCAUAAAUAACAAAGAGGAAUACCUGAGGCUUGCAUUCACUGCUACCUUCUUUGCUGGUAUCACUCAAGCUUUGCUAGGAUUUUUAAGACUAGGAUUUCUCAUAGACUUCUUAUCACAUGCUGCAAUAGUUGGAUUUAUGUCUGGAGCAGCCAUUACUAUUGGUCUUCAGCAACUCAAAGGUUUCCUUGGCAUACAAAAAUUUACAAAACAGACGGACAUAAUUUCUGUUAUGAAGUCUGUUUUUCAUCCAUUUCCUCAUGGGUGGAAUUGGCCAACAAUUCUCAUAGGAACAAUCUUCUUGAUUUUCCUUCUUGCUGCUAAGCAUGUGGGAAAGAAGAACAGGAAGCUAUUUUGGCUGCCCGCAAUUGCGCCGCUAAUUUCUGUCGUUUUGGCAACAUUUUUCGUUUAUAUUACUCAUGCAGAAAGACAUGGAGUGCAAAUAGUGAAACAUAUAAAAAAAGGGAUCAACCCCUCCUCUGUCAACCUAAUCUAUUUUUCGGGACCGUUGUUCGCGAAGGGAGUCAAAAUUGGCAUUAUUGCUGGCAUGAUUGCGCUAACGGAAGCGGUGGCGAUCGGACGAACAUUUGCAUCCAUGAAGGACUAUCACUUGGAUGGAAAUAAAGAAAUGGUUGCGCUUGGCACAAUGAAUGUUGUAGGCUCGAUGACUUCGUGCUACGUUGCCACCGGAUCAUUUUCAAGAUCAGCUGUUAAUUACAUGUCUGGAUGCCAAACUCCAGUGUCCAACUUGGUUAUGUCCAUUGUGGUGUUCUUCACUUUACUAUUAAUCACACCAUUAUUUAAGUAUACUCCGAACGCAAUUCUAUCGUCGAUCAUCAUCUCCGCAGUGAUUAAUUUGAUCGACUACGAAGCAGCUUUUCUCAUCUGGAAGGUUGAUAAAUUUGAUUUCAUUGCUUGCAUGGGAGCAUUUCUUGGCGUGGUCUUUGCUUCAGUUGAGAUUGGUCUAUUGAUUGCUGUCUUCAUAUCAUUUGCUAAGCUUCUUCUACAAGUGACAAGACCUAGGACUGCUAUACUGGGCAAUCUUCCUGGAACUACAAUCUACAGGAACAUUGAACAAUAUCCUGAUGCCAGUAGAGUUCCAGGAGUCCUGAUUGUGAGAGUUGAUUCAGCCAUAUAUUUUACUAACUCUAAUUAUGUUAAAGAGAGAAUCUUAAGAUGGUUGACUGAUGAAGAGGAGAAGCUGAAAAAAAUAGAGUUCCUCAUCGUGGAGAUGUCUCCUGUGACUGACAUUGACACCAGUGGCAUUCAUGCCUUGGAAGAGUUGUUCAAGUCUCUGAAGAAAAGGAAUGUUCAGCUGGCUCUUGCCAAUCCAGGGCCAGUGAUCAUGGAGAAGCUUCAUGCUUCAGAGUUCAUGGAACUGAUUGGAAGUGACAAAAUCUUCCUCACUGUAGGAGAUGCAGUGCUGAACUGUGCCAAGAAAUCAAAGGAAGUUGUCUGAGUAUGCAAAAGACUUUUUUUUUUCUUUUCUGUAUAUGUAUGUGGACUAAAUCUCUCAUUUAUCCUAAUUGGGAUUUAUAAGCUGAAAUAAAAGAUUAUGCAGAUGA